AGUCUUCACUCUUUCCUCUUCCAGCUUCACUCUCGGGCCUCGGCGUCUCCACCCACAAGGCCACACAACAAAAACCCUGAGUCCCGAAGACCCUAACCCGCGCGGCCACGCCGCGGCUCUCCUCUCAGCCUCAGGCUCUCAGCUCUCACUCUCUCAAGUCUCAAUCCUCUCCUCUCCUCUCCUCUCCUCAGACUCCUCUGGUGCGCUACUACGCCGCGGCCCGCGGCUCUCCUCUCAGCUCUCACUCUCUCAAUCCUCUCCUCUCCGGCUCUCCUCUGGUGCGCUGCUACGUGCCGCAGUGCCGGUGCUCCUUGAGCUUCCUCACGGUCCCGGAUCAAGCUCCCUCACGAUCCACAGACCCAGAUCUACCCUUAUAUCGCAGAGGACAGAGGUGGAGCCGUGGAGGAUUAAUAUACUACAAUGGAAUUUAUCAUCUCUUCUACUAGCACAGCCCAAGGGAGUUGUGUGAGACAACAUCGUUUAAGCUCAUUCCAUCUCCAAGAACCUCAUCAACUGGGUCGCCCUUUGACCCGACCAUCUAUCCAUCCAAGCCCUUCGACAUAAAUGGGUGCUGAUCCGAAUCUGCCACCAUCCUCUCGGCAACAAAUUCGUCAUCCUCUACACUAGACUCGACCCCCAUAACGGACAGGUCCAAAACAACACCGUACCCGCUAACCUAUCCGACCCGUAUCUCCGUGAAUGGAUCAAACCCGACAACCCCCUUGUGGUUACCACCCUGAGCAUGAACACGAGCGCGUUCCGUAACCCAACCACGGGCUGGAUCGGGUGAGACGAGCAUUGGAGAAUGGUUGUCGGUAGUCGAAAGAAGCACCGGAGAAUGACUUACUUGUACCAAAGCAGAGAUUUCGUGAAUUGGGUCAAGGCGAAACACCUACUUCACUAUACUCCGAAAAUCGAAAUGAGGGAAUGUCCGAAUUUUUACUCAGUUGUGGUGCGCGAGCGGCACUGGUUGGACACAUCGGUGAUGGGAGAACACGUGAAAUACGUGUUAUAAUUUUUUUAUUUUAUUACAUUUUUCUUCCAUUCCAUUAUUUCAUUCUAAUUGUUUUUUGUGUCUAGAUUUUUGUGUAAGUUUUUUGUUUUGUUUUGUUUUGUUUUCUUAAUUCAAACCGACUUUUGAAAAGUCGGUUAGGUAAGAAAUAUUUUUAAAAUUUUCCUAUAUAAAAUAUACAUCAAAUAAUAUGUUAAAUAAUUUUUCCAUUCUUAAUUAUAUAUUAAAUAAUUUUUUUAUGUAAUUAGGAAGUAAAAUGUUAUUUUUUUGUCUUAAUAUUCUCAAAAGUAAAUUAUUUCAAAUUUUUGUUAUUGUAUUCAUUUUUAUAUAAUUUUUUGAAAUUAAAAAAUUAACUUACUUUUUUUAAUUUGUUUGAAUAAUAAAUAAAAUGUAAAAAAUAUUUUUGUAUUAAAUGACACUUAAAUAUAUAUUUUUUAUUUAUAAUUUUUUAUUUAAAUAUUAAAAUUUGAAAAAUAAUAUAUAUUUUAUCAUUAUUUAAAUUUUAAAAAAAUUUAUAAUUCCCACUUUCAAUGGGGGAGAUAGGAGCAGAACUUGGGGGAUUUGAAGUAAAAAACUCAUUUAUUUAGAGUCACAUGGGUCUACCAGCUCACCUCCGCGCAUCCCACACGGGACUCACACAUCAACAGCCACGAAUUUCACUCUGCUUCCUAUUCGUCAAGUGGGAAUUUAUGGGUGACCUAAUUGAUGAGGUCCUUGGAGACAGAGUGAGUUCAAACGAUGUUGCCCCACACAGCUCCGUUCAGGCUGUACUGGUAGAAGAGAUGAUAGAUUCCAUUGUAGUAUAUUGGUCCUCUUUGGUUCGAAAGAAAAGUAGAACAGCGAGGAAAUGAAAGAUUAAUUAAAAUUAGAGAUAAAUUUUCUAUUUUGGGGAAAAAAAUAUAAGUUAGUUUUUUUAAAAAAAAAAAUUUUUUAUGUAAUUAGGAAGUAAGAUGUCCUUUUUGUCUUAUUAUUUUAAAAAGUAAAUUAUUUCAAUUUUUUUGUUAUUGUAUUCAUUUUUAUAUAAUAUUUUAAAAUUAAAAAAUUAAUUUAUUUUUUUAAUUCAUAUGAAAAAUAAAUAAAAAGUAAAAAAUAUUUUUUAUAUUAAAUGAAACUAAAUUUUUUUUUAUUUACAAAUUUUUAUUUAAAUCUUAAAAUUUUAAAAAUAAUAUUUAUUUUAUUAUUAUUUAAAUUAAAAAGAAUAUAUAUUUUAUUAUUUGAUUUUGGGUGGGGGUUGAGAUUUGGUUUUUGGGGGGGUGACUUUUGAAAAAUCAGUUCCUAAUUUUUAUUUUUAUUUUUAUUUUUUAUUUUGACAGUCAAGAAUUGCAGCUGAUUUUUUUGUUUUUUUAAAUCCAAACUGACUUUUGAAAAGUUGGUUCUCAAUUUUUAUUUUAUUUUAUUUUGGCAGUCAAGAAUUGCGGCUGAUUUUUUUUUUUUAAACCCAAAUCGACUUUUGAAAAGUCGAUUAGAUACAUUUAUGUAAAUUUUCUAAAUUUUCUUCAUAUUAUAUUUUUUAAUUUUUUUUAAUAAUAUUUUGAUAAAAAACUCCAUUUCUUUGACCGUAUCUUGGUGAAAAAAAAUAUAAAAAAUAAAAAUAAAGGCCGCAACUCUAAGUUUAUGACUUGGUACAUUAUUCAAGAAAUAGGAACAUUACAAUCUUUUGUUACUUUUAUUUUAUGUAGUAUUAGAACAGUGCAUUUGGUGAACCCUAAAUUGGUAAAUGAGAGAUGGAAGCGGUGGGCUGUCCCUUCAGCCAUAACUAUUCUGUCUAUCUUAUUCAAUCUGUCUACAGUAAUUUUUUUUUAUUGGUAAAUGAGAGAUGGAAGUGGUGGGCUGUCCCUUCAGCCUUAACUAUUCUGUCUAUCUUAUUCAAUCUGUCUACAAUAAUUUUUUUUUUUAAACAAAUGUUAUUUCAUAUGUAAUUUUAAAAAAAAUUAAAAUAAAUAAAUUAUAUUUUUUAAACGGAUGACCAUUAAUCGCCUAUUUAUUAAGUAAACGAGUUAAGAUUGGCAUGUGUGUAACUCGAUCUGCCUUUAUUAUCUGGCCCAUUGGUGACCCGCCGGACCUGGUCCGCCCGAACCCGGCCCGUUCGCCCGUUUUGCCACCCGACAAAAAAAAACGCCUUUUUAAUAAAGGAAAUAAGCAAAAGAAAGAACAACUCACUUCUACUAACAGAAAUAAGCGGUGUUUGGGGCAUCUCUCCCUCUCCCUCUCUCUCUCUCUCAAGUGCUAAUUCUAGGAGACUAGGACGCCGGUCGCCUGUGAUUUUCAGUGGCCGGACUUGCCAUUACCUUAGAAGGUGGGAGCAAUGGAGCACCAGUACGCUGGAGGAAGCUGGUCCAUGAUCCACAACAUUCCAACCCACAGUAACAGCUCUGCAGCCUCAAAUCAAGACCAUCUAUACCUCCAUCAACAACAGCAACAACUUCAUCACCAGCAACAGCAACAACAACACCAUUAUCAACUGCAGCCGCAGCAGCAGCAACAGCAGCGCCACCAUUAUCAGCAGCAGCAGCAGCUCCAACAGCAGCAGCAGCAACAGCUACAGCAACAGCAGCAGCUACAGCAGCAACAGCAGCAGAACCAUCAACACCAAUCACUUGCUUCUCAUUUUCACCUCUUACAUUUAGUGGAGAGUUUAGCGGAGGCCAUUGAAACUGGAUCCCGGGAUCAGCAAUCUGAUGCACUGGUUAAUGAAUUGAACAACCACUUUGACAACUGCCAGCAGCUAUUGAACUCGAUAUCAGUAUCAAUUAAUACAAAGGCCAUGACAGUUGAAGGGCAAAAACGAAAGCUGGAGGAAAGUGAGCAAUUGCUAAAUCAAAGGAGAGAUCUGAUUGCAAAGUAUAGCAGCUCUGUUGAAGAGCUUAUCAAAUCUGAGCCAUAACUUCUCAUUAGUUGUCACCCUUUCAACAUGGGAAUGAAAAAGCCAGAAUGAAGACACACUGGGCAAUAUAGGGUUUUCAAGAAGGCACAUUGAUGUAGGACAAGAAGAUGGACCAUGGGAAAACCCUUGUUGGAGACUAGUUUAGAAGGAUUGGGUCAAGGGAUUGUUGGGUUUAGUUAAUAGUUUAUUAUGUGUUUAGUUUAAUUAGUAUAGGAUUAUGUGUAUUUUAGGGGCUUGUUUCUAAUGUUUCUAUAUUUUAUGGGUUUGUUACUAAUUUCAUGUACUUUUAGGGGUAUGCGUGUAAUUUAUUGUAUUAUACGCUUUCUUCUGAAUAAGUUGUGAAGGCCAUGCAAGAGUUUGGUGGUUGUUGAGUCUGAA